CCCCCCACAUCUUCUUUCUGGUGGGUGCCAAAUCUCUUUACGCUCGAACCUUCCCACCACGCAGCACAGCUCACUUGUCCUGUACUGUCUCCUCUCUUCUUCUCUGCAACUUUUCCCAAUCCCAUCUCCUCAUCACGCUGCCUCCCAAUAUCCUUUCUUUCGUUCUCUCUCUCAAAAAAUUCGAUAGGAAACAAAGACUCAUGCUUCGUAGUAACAGCUCUAAUGGCGGAAACCCUAUCAAUAGCGUCAGCAUAGUAUGGUUCAGAAGAGAUCUUAGGGUUGAAGACAACCCAGCUCUUGCAGCUGGGGUAAGAGCUGGAGGCGUGGUGCCUGUCUUCAUAUGGUCUCCAGAAGAAGAAGGACACUACUACCCCGGUAGGGUUUCAAGGUGGUGGUUAAGCCAAAGCUUGAGGCAUCUUGAUUCCUCCCUUAGGAGCCUUGGGGCUACUCUCCUCACAAAGAGGUCUUUUGACACCGCCUCCACUCUCCUUCAUGUUUUGAACGCUACUGGUGCAACCAGCCUUUUCUUUAAUCAUCUAUAUGACCCUUUGUCUCUUGCGAGGGAUCAUCACAUCAAAGAUCUUCUAAUUGCUCAAGGUUUCGCAGUUCAUUCUUUCAAUGCAGAUUUGCUUUACGAACCAUGGGAAGUUAUGGAUGAGAACGGUCGCCCAUUUUCAACUUUUGCUCCAUUUUGGAAUAGAUGUCUUAGCAUGCCUUAUGAUCCUGCGGCCCCUCUUUUGCCACCAAAAAGGAUUACAUCAGGUGAUAUUUCAAGGUGCCCCUCAGACAAUUUAGUAUUUGAGGAUGAAUCCGAGAGGGGAAGCAAUGCUCUUCUUGCAAGAGCUUGGUCUCCAGGAUGGCAGAAUGCUGAUAAGGCCCUCAGUUCAUUCAUCAACGGGCCACUGAUUUACUACUCAAGGAACCGAAAAAAGGCAGAUGGUACAACCACCUCUCUCCUCUCCCCCCAUCUACAUUUUGGAGAAUUGAGUAUUCGUAAAGUCUUUCAUCUCGUCCGAAUCAAACAGCUCGUGUGGGCUAACGAGGGGAACGAAGCAGGAGAAGAGAGCGUCAACUUGUUUUUCAAGUCCAUCGGCUUCCGGGAGUACUCAAGAUACUUGAGUUUCAACUUCCCCUGCAGCCAUGAAAGACCUCUACUUUCUCACCUCAGGUUCUUCCCUUGGGUUGUUGAUGAGGGCUACUUCAAAGCUUGGAGACAGGGAAGGACUGGCUAUCCCCUCGUGGAUGCUGGAAUGAGAGAACUUUGGGCCACUGGUUGGCUGCAUAACUGUAUCCGUGUGGUUGUAUCCAGUUUCUUUGUAAAAGUUUUGCAGCUUCCAUGGAGGUGGGGGAUGAAGUACUUUUGGGAUACACUUCUGGAUGCUGAUCUUGAAAGUGAUGCCUUGGGUUGGCAGUAUAUAUCUGGAACUCUUCCGGAUGGUCGGGAGUUGGAUCGCAUCGAUAACCCUCGGUUUGAAGGCUACAAGUUCGACCCGGAUGGCGAAUAUGUUCGACGCUGGCUUCCCGAACUCUCGAGGCUACCGACCGAUUGGAUACACCACCCGUGGGAUGCACCUGAAUCUUUACUCCAAGCGGCAGGCAUUGAGCUCGGUUCCAACUACCCUUUUCCAGUUAUAGAAAUUUCUACAGCUAAACGAAGAUUAGAGGAGGCUCUUACAGAGAUGUGGCAGAUCGAAGCCGCUUCGAGAGCUGCCAUGGAGAAUGGGAUGGAAGAGGGCCUUGGCGAUUCCAUGGAUUCGCAAUAUAUUGAAUAUCCUCUUGAAAGGAAUAUGGAAGCCGAACUUGAGCAUACUGGGACGAAUAAUAUUCAAACCACAACCAGGAGGUACCUGGAUCAGAUGGUGCCCAGCAUGACUUCUUCAUUACUCAGAAUUGAGGAGGAAGAAAUCUCUGUAGAUAUAGGUGACAGUGUGGAAGAUAGCAGGGCUGAAGUACCGUUAAAUGCGAGUUUUGAAGCCCAGACUCAUGGAGUUACAGAUACAAAUAGUACAAUUCUACACCUCAGUCCUUCAAGGGUCGAGUUCUCGGAGGAGUCGUUGAGUAGUUACACAGAAAGGGGUCUGGUUCCUGUGUGGUCUCCUUCAUCAGAUUCAGUCCAAUCGGAGCAUUUUGUCACCCAUGAAACUGGUGUUAGAAGUCGUGUUUAUUUACAGAGGCAUCCCCAGACGCAUCAGAUUACGAAUUGAGACCGCUUUCUCCGCCGGUCAGUUGGGAGGUGGAGAACACAGUACAGCCAAAUGCUAUCGGUUAGAUUCUUAUAAUGGAAAUCAGGUGUAAAAAAUCCAUCUUUUUGUUCCUCUCACUUUGCAGAGAAUCAGAUUCUGUAGAAUAUCGAUGUACCACAAAGUUGCUGUAUAGAUGAAUCUACCAGUGCUGUGCUAUUAAUCAGGUAUCUUUAGUUUUAUAUGUGAGAAAAAAUGUAUCAAAUUUUUAUUUUGAAGCAUCGUGUACCAUAAAGUUGUGUAAAUAAGCCUAUCAGUGGUGUGUUAUCAUCAGAUAAUCUUGAGUUUGAGUGUUUGGUAAAACAUCCAAAUAUUUUGCGGGAGCUUUAUGCAUAAAGUUUUUCUAUAAUAA